AUGACAGAAUUAAAUGAACCAUUUAAUAAAUUAAAACAAUUCAAUAAUUCAGAUAUUUCAUUAUCAAAUGUGAAUUCUGAUCAAAAAUCAAUGAAUCAAAUUGAACAAUUAUUAUGUCAAGUUUUAAAUGAAAAUUCUCUUUUAAGAGAAAAAAAUGAAGAGUUAAACGAAAUGAUUUUUAAUAAUGAAGAUCAUUCAAAAAUCUGUGUUUAUUCAAUGCACAACGUAUACCAUCGUCAGAGUCAUUUCACAUAUCUUAAAACAACUGAUGAAUUAAACAGUUAUAAACGACCACCUGGACCACCAGGUCAACCCGGUACGCCAGGUGAACGAGGACCUCAAGGUGAAACAGGACCACAAGGACCACCUGGUCUACGUGGAUUAAUUGGUCUUCAAGGUCCAAAAGGUCCCCCUGGUCCAAUCGGACCACCUGGAAAAGAUUCUCCACCCCAUACAUGUAAUGUAUUAUGUGAAAAAGAAAGUUAUCGAUAUGGUAAAGAAGAAUCAGGAAAUCAAAUAGAAAACUAUUGUGUGAGUAGAUCUAGUUCAGGUUAA